AUGUCAUUGCUUGUGCUUCUGUCCGUCCUUAUUUCGAACAGCGUGCUCGUCGAUGGUCAGACUCCGUGCAAAAAGGUUACCGGCAGGCCCGAUCAGUGCAUAGAAUUGGACAAGUGCCAACCGCUGCUGUCAACACUUAACGUGCCGCAUCCGACGCCUCAAGACUACGAAACCCUGAAGAAGGCUCAGUGCGGAUUCAACGGGAACACACCAAUGGUAUGCUGCCCUGAGUCACAGCCUCAGCCGACUUCAGAGAACAAAUGCUUCACGCCCGAUAACAAAGAGGGAAAAUGUAUCAGCGUUUAUACGUGCCCUCAUCUCAACAGGCUACUGCAACAACCGCUUACUAAUGCGGCUAGAGUGUUCAUUCAAAAUUCCAGAUGCUACGGUCCCGAACUAAACAGCGUCUGCUGUGCCCUACCGAAGGUCGAACCUUUCAUACCGCGUCCCACAGUCUGCACCCCCACCGCACUCCCACCGGAACCAGGUACCGAAUGCUGCGGCAAAGAAGGCGAAAAUAGCAACAGGAUAAUGGGCGGCAGCGAAACAGCUAUAGAUCAAUACCCAUGGCUGGUGAUCAUCGAGUACUUGAGCGGUACACAGAUCAAGCUGCUAUGCGGUGGGGUCCUCAUCAGCGGUAGAUACGUGCUGACCGCGGCCCACUGCGUAGCAGGGCGCGUGCUCGAUCAAGGGAAACCGACCAACGUACGGCUUGGGGAAUACGACAUCUCCAAUUCCGGAGCUGACUGCAUGGAGGUCGAAGGUGGCGGCAUGGAUUGCACACCGGGCGCUAUGGUAGUGCCGAUCGAAGAAAUGGUUCCGCAUCCAACCUACGAUCCGAACAGCAGGCUGAAGAGGAACGAUAUCGCGUUGAUCAGGCUGAGCCAAAUGGCUCCGUACACAGAUUUCAUUCGUCCCAUCUGUCUGCCUAUCACGGAUGUGACCGUAUCGCUUGCUCCCGACGAAAAGCUAUUCACGGCCGGCUGGGGAGCAACCGACAUGACCACGAGUAGCAGUAAUUUGAAACUACACGUAUGCGAGGCCAAAUACAACGAGCCCCAGUUCAACAUGCAACUGUGGGGUGGUCAGAUGUGCGCCGGCGGCGUGGCCGGCAAGGACUCGUGCAAGGGCGACUCCGGCGGACCGCUGAUGUACGAAAACCGGCGGCUGUUCGAGGUGAUCGGAGUGGUGAGCUUCGGUCCGCUGCCGUGCGGCCAGAUGAACGUGCCGGGGGUCUACACGAAGGUCUACGAGUAUCUGCCGUGGAUACGGAGUCAGAUCAGACCG